GAAGAAUCUAAGCCUCCAGCCAGUAGACAAGGAAGAGGAUGCCCAUCUGUUCACGUACCGGGACCUGAAUAGGACCCACGUGUCCGUGGUGUUAGCACAGAGCGUCGACACGCUGGUAGACAGCGACUCGCCGCAGAAUGUCGUCAAGUUCAGACUCGGCUGUGAUUUUGAUGCUGGCGAUGAUUUGAUAUCGGCGUAUCUGUCUGUGACCGUGUACAUAGAAGACGUGAACGACAACGUCCCGGUGUUCCUCGACACGCCGUAUCACGUCACCGUGGAUGAGCUGACGCCUACUGGUUUGACAAUCUUCAGAGGCAUCCGGGCAUUCGAUCGGGAUAAGCCAAACACUCCCAACUCAGAUGUCCAGUACAGCAUCAUAUCAGGAGAUGAGGAGGGGCAUUUCGCGCUGGAAAGCUCCCACAAACCAGCUCUGCUGUUAAGGAAGCCGCUGGACUAUGACGAUGGGGAUAAAGAGUUUAGGCUUGGGAUUAUGGCUUCGGACCGCGGCUCUCCACCACGUAGCUCCAACACCACCGUCCACAUCGUAGUUCAAGACAACGAUGACUUGCCACCGAAGUUCACUCUAGAUGUUUACAGGACACAAAUACCGGAGUUUUAUCCCUUGCUGGGGAAACGUAUUCAUAGGGAGUUGCUAUUUCCGGAGCCAAUUCGAGCAUUUGACCAGGACAUAGGCGUACAGGCUGCAGUACGGUACGAGCUUUUAUCAGGGAACGAAAGAAGACUCUUUGCUUUAGAUUCUCAUAAUGGAUCUUUAUUUUUGGAGAAAGAGAUAGAUCUUGAAGCCGAGACCGGAUUACCGGGAAACACGUUCGUACUACAAAUUCAAGCAUCACAAGUGGACAAUCCGUUGAAGGCUGCUCAAGCGAGGGUUGAGAUAGAAAUACUAGACCUUAACGACAACCUGCCCGAAUUUGAAGUGGACUUUUACAACAUCAGCAUAGUGGAGAAUCUGCCAAAUGGUUUCAGCGUUCUUCAAGUAAUGGCGACAGAUAAAGACCAAGGCGAAAAUGGAGAGUUCACUUAUCAACUCAAUGAUCAAGAAGGCGCUUUCUCUAUAGAUCCUAGAACGGGUUGGCUAACUGUUAGAAAUCAGUCAGUCUUAGACAGAGAAGUCCACUCAUCAAUAAGAAUGAAAGUAUUCGCGAAAGAGAAAAAUCCAAGCAUAGUUGGAACCUUUUUAGAUAAGCAGCGAGUCGCAAAAUGGCGUCGGCAACCCACUACAACUAGAACACCAGUAUCAAAGAACAAAACAACAUACGUAUUCCCAGACAAACUUGGUCCUAAAAAAGAAAACAUAGAAUAUCUUGAAGAUGAACUCAUGUCUUAUGUUAAAGUCGAAGUAACGUUACUAGAUGCCAAUGACAACAAUCCAACAUUCGUGCCGAGUAACUUAUACGAAUUUACAAUAAAAUCAAAUGCUAAGGUUGGGUCUUUUAUUGGUAAAGUGAAGGCUGUUGAUCCUGAUUUGGGGAGGAAUGGUAUGGUGCUGUAUGAUUUACAAAGAACUAGUAAUUUGACAAUUACGUCGCUCCAAGUAGAUGCUGAGAGUGGCACUGUCAGUGUGGCUGAAUCACCAAUUGUUGAAGGGAGACAUGCGCUAUUUGUAGAAGCUUCGGAUCAACCAGCUAAUCCUAGUGAAAGGAGAUAUUCUUUGGCAGUUGUCACAAUUGAUGUUACGAGAGCAACAAAAGGUAACAAACCAGACAGACCUGACUUCAUUGGAGCUCCAUACGAGUUCUGGGUUGGGUCAAAUGUUGGCAUUGGUACUAGCGUUGGUCAAAUUCGUGUCAGUGAUGCACUCGAUAGAAGUGAGAUAUCAUAUGACUUGCUACAUGGAUAUGAAGAAGGAGUACCGUUCGCAGUAGAAGAGAGAUCUGGAGUGAUCACUGUAAUCGACGAGCUCAGUAAGUACGACCGGCCGAUGUACGACUUCGAAGCUGUCGCUAUGAGGGAAAACACCAACAUCACAGUCACUACAAACGCCACUGUCCAUGUUGUAGAUGUUAAUGAUGAGAGAGGAGUUCUGUUGAGAGGAGCUCAUUCUCCAAUAGUAUUCCAUGUUAAAGAAAAUAUAGCAGGAGCGACUGUAGGACAAAUAUUCCAACUAAACAUAAGUUCUAUAUCAAACAACAGUUCCAGUAAUAUCAGAUUUUUAAUAGCCAACCAGCAGGACGUGACGGAUGAUAUUGCUAUAGGCCAAGACGGUACGAUCUAUGCCCAAAAACCUUUAGACAGAGAAACUAGAGACACAUAUAGAAUGACAGUAAUAGCGGAAUUCAACAAGGGUGCCAUAUCCGGCGCUGGCAUUUACCAAGUUACAAUUUAUGUUGAUGAUGAUAAUGAUAACCCGCCAGUAUUCGACUCCACUGCGUAUGAAGGAUUUAUUAAAGAAAACUCGAAAAGAGGGACACAAGUUGAUAUGACAAAUAAAAUAAUAGCUAAAGAUGCAGAUGAAGGACAAAACGCUUUAUUUGCAUAUACAAUAAUUGGAGAAGGUCGAGAAUUAUUUGAAGUAGAUGAGAAUACUGGUGUUGUUACGUUUGUUGGCGAUAAUUUAGAUCGAGAAGAAAAAAGUACAUACGUACUUAAAAUAGUAGCUAGGGAUAGAGGAGGUUUGAGUUCUGAAGCACAACUUACUAUAACUAUAGUCGAUGAAAAUGAUAACGUGCCGAAAUUUAAUGAAAUCAUUAUUCCUCUGGGUGAAAAUGUAGAAUUAAUUGAAGCCGAUGAAAACAAUUGUGAAAAUAUACCACGAGAAAAUCCGAAUGAGACAUCUGGUGAAGCUAAAGCUAAAGCUUUACCCAAAAAUAAGUUUGCUUUAGACGUGGAAAAUCUAGGUCCAUUAUUUAUGGUUCCCGAAAAUGUUGCCAUAGGAUCUACUAUAUUGAAACUUAACGCUAUUGAUAAAGAUAGUGGUGUGAAUGGCCAGCUAAGAUACGAUUUUGUAUCUGAAGUUUACACCCCACCAAACGCUUUGCCAUCAAAUGCUGUUUUAGAAAAGAAAUACUUUGUAAUAAAUGAAAGACACGGUAAUGUGAUUGUAGCAAGGUCAUUGCCCCCAGAAUCGGAGUUUAGGCUUAAUAUAACGGUUUUAGAUGGAGGAGAUCUAAGUGAUAAUAUAUCGAUACGAGUUUACGUAAAGAUGUUAACGAUCACUUCCUAUGUUCAAAAAUCAUGGUAUAAUUUCAAUGUCGAGGAGGCACAGUAUACCAGAAGAGUUCUAGGAAAGGUCGAUGCCACAGACGCUGAUUUUGGUCAAAACGCAAAUUUAACUUACUUUUUGCAACCCACUAGUGAAGAUUUGCCUUUCGAGAUAUCUCCUUUAAGUGGAGUCCUUAGUGUUAACGGAGAAUUAGAUAGAGAAAAGGAGGAUAAAUAUAUUUUUACCGUCGUGGCCAGAGAUAAUGGUCAAGAGAAGAAAUUGUCAUCUUCUGUCAGCGUAGAAGUUCAGGUCUUAGACAUAAACGACAAUGCUCCAAAAUUCUUUGGUUUUGAUGAAAUUGAAUGGAAACAUCCAGAAGCUGAUGAGCUAUCCAAUCACAACUUUGAAUCAGUCAUGAUGAUACCGGUAUAUAAAGCAACUUUGGAAGAAAAUGCGCCAAUUGGCACGACUGUUACUAGAGUAUACGCAAACGAUUCUGACUUUGUUGGUAAUGGCAAUGGAUUGAUUUUAUACAGUCUUCCUCAAAGGAAAAACCAAAUAAAUCUUUUCGCUAUUGACUCUAAGGAGGGUAUAAUCACUACUACCGGACGUUUAGAUUAUGAAACUCAGACAGUACACAAUGUUACAGUAGCAUCAGAUUUAGGACCCAGUUUGAGCUCAACAGCUAUAUUAAUGUUGACAGUCACUGAUGUGCCAGAUGAACAAGAAGUUUCUGACAAACCAGUAUUCAUAUCCCGGUACUACGAAUUGGAGAUUGAAGAAAACGUCAAUACACCUGUAGAACUAGUAACAUUGAAUUUGACAGAAUAUUACGAGAAUUUCAAAAUGAAAUAUUACAUAUUCAAUGAUAAUGAUCCUGACAUAAAAAGAACGUUUGUAAUAGAUCCGAGAAACGGUACGUUAUAUUUA